AUGAAGGGAGCGGUGAUCAACGUGCAAUCUAAUGACAAUGCGUGUUUCGCGUGGUCUGUGGUCGCCGCUCUACAUCCAGAUGAAAGUUAUGUUUAUCGAGUAUUUUCGUAUUCUCAUUAUACAACGGUGCUGAAUCUCCAGGACAUUGAGUUUCCAGUGACUGUGAACCAAAUUAAAAAAUUUGAACUUGCCAGGAUGUUGCAAGAUACGUGUUUACAACAGCGCAAAUCAUUUUACAGUUCUUUGACCAGUGACACAAUAUCCGAGAGCGAUUACGCGCACGACGAGAACGUCUGGAAGCUGUUCUCCAUUCGAACGCUGGGCGAAUAUAGCGAUUUGUAUCUCAAAAUUGAUGUUUUGUUAUUAGCAGAUAUUUUUGAAAAUUUCCGCGAGAGUUGUAUUAAAAGUUAUAGUCUUGACACCCCGUAUUACUAUACUCUUCCCGGAUACACGUGGCACGCCAUGUUGAAGCAUACAAAUAUUACAUUCAAAUUGCUUACGGAUAUCGACAUGGUUAUGUUUAUCGAACGCGGAAUACGCGGUGGUUUGAGUCAAUGUUCCAACAGAUACGCACAUGCUAAUAACAAGUAUAUGGAAUCGUACGAUCCAUCGAAACCUUCAUCAUAUCUCACGUACUUUGAUGUAAAUAAUUUGUACGGAUGGGCAAUGUGUCAACCUUUGCCCUAUGCAGAUUUUCGAUGGGUCGACGACGUAUCCGAUUUUGAUACAUCAUCGAUCGCGCUCGAUUCGCCUAUAGGCUAUAUCCUUGAAGUCGAUCUCGAGUAUCCGCAACGUGUUCACGAUGCGCACACUGACCUACCGUUUUGCCCGACACGCGACAAACCACCUAGUAAGCGGCAGGAUAGCUGCUCGCAACCUUAUAUGAUAAGAAGCGUUACUUAUAUCGAACUCAAUACACAAUUCCGAACACUCGCGAAAAAUGAUUUUGAAAAAAAAUUGUAUAAAUUAAUGAAUAAUACUGUAUUUGGCAAAACGAUGGAAAAUGUGCGCAAUCACGUUAAUAUUAAGCUCGUGACACAUUGGGAUGGAAGAUAUGGCGCAGAGGCGAUGAUCGCAAAACCAAAUUUUCAUAGUAGAAGCGUGUUUUCGGAGAAUCUGAUCGCCGUUAAAUUGCGCAAUUUCGAAGUUAAACCAAUCUACGUGGGUAUCUGUAUACUCGACAUAUCCAAGACAUGUUUGUACGAGUUUCACCACGAUUAUAUGGUACCUAUGUAUCGAGAGAAAUCGCAACGUCGAUUCGAUACCAGCAAUUAUGCGGUGGACAAUCUGUACGGUAUACCGCUUGCGAAUAAAAAGAUACCGGGUUUAAUGAAGGACGAGAAUAAUGGCGCCAUUAUGACCGAAUUCGUCGGGCUUAGGGCAAAAAUGUACGCGUUGCGAGUAGAUGGUAAGAAAGACUCGAAAAAAGUAAAAGGCGUCAAGAGUAACGUCGUCGCGAGAACGAUAACAUUCGACGAUUACACGCGGUGUUUGAACGAAGAGAUUGAAAUGACGCGUCAGCAGUCUUGUAUAAGAUCUAAAUUACACGAAGUAUACACCAUCUGCGAGACAAAAAUUGCUGUAAGUCCGUACGAUGACAAGCGGUAUAUCGUACCCGAAACCACCGACACGGUACCGUGGGGACAUUAUAAAAUACCGUUGUAA